AGAUCACCUGAUUUACCAUGGCAACUAGAGCCGCGUACUUUUCCCCGUCGGAAGCACAAAUCCUCAUGGAGGCAUACGAGGAGGUAAAAGAUAUAAUUAAGAAGAAAGGCAACACCGCCACAGUGAUAAAGCAAAGAGAAAAAGCGUGGCAAAGUAUUGCAGACCGCCUGAAUGCAUUAAACAUGAACGGGCCAAAACGGACAUGGCAGCAGGUCAAAAUCAAAUACAAGAACAUUCUGCAGAAUGCAGUGAAAAAGAAUACCCACAGACAAGGCACGGGUGGUGGGUCACCAAAGGCUGACCUUACCCCAGCAGAGGACAUGGCCUUGGAGCUAAAUAAAGGCAGGCCCGUCUUAGAGGGGAUCCCUGGGGGGAAAGAGACGAGCAUAGGUUCCUCCCAAGAUGCCACCCGCUUCAUUCAAGUGUCUGGCAGCACUGUGUUCCUGUUAGAGCCACCAGCACAAGCACCAGACGAUGCUGAUCCAGGUGAAGGCCCCAGUGCAGCAGCAACAGCACAUGAUGGAGACGAUGAUGAUGAGGAGACCAUCUCUCUGGAUUCCAGAAGGCAUGAGGACCCAGAUGCUAUACAGUGGGAAAACCAGCCUGGCAACAUAAGCUCACAAGCUAUCAGAAAGUUGUAUGGCAACCACCUCCGGCGCCAAAUAGAACUGGCAGACAUAGACAUUCAGUACAAGAAGAAAAAGAUGGAAAAUCUUGCACUGGAGUCCGAACUAAAAAAGAGGACAAUUAGGAAACUGGACCUUGAAAUAAAAAAACUUGAGAGGGAGGUGAGAUAUGCCUUCAAUGUACACUGUAUGCUAACUGUAACACAAAUGUAUUAAUCAUUAUUUGUAUUUCCUCCCCCAGCUCCAAGAAGAUGACACAGCUCAAAAUAAAAAUUAGCACCAGGUGUGGCCACUAGCCUAUAUGAAGGCCCAAAAUUGUGUGUUCCUUUCUGCUCUGACAAUGGCAUGCCCAUUCGUGCGAGAUGUGGUGGAUGAAGAAGCACUUGUGCUGAGGAGAGCCUUCAGGCGAGAAAGGGUCUUCAGGGACCGGUUGGACCCACUGGCCUUCCCUGACGACCAUCUAUAUGAAAGAUACAGGUUUUCUGCAGAUGGCAUCAGGUAUCAAUGCAGACUACUGGGUCCCAGGAUUAAGCACCGCACUGCACGGAGCCAUGCACUGAGUGUGGAGCAAAUGGUUUGUGUGGCCUUGCGCUUUUUUGCUAGUGGAGCCUUCCUGUACUCAGUGGGGGAUGCAGAACAGCUGAACAAGGCCACAAUUUUCCGCACAAUAAGGAGUGUGUGUCUGGCUAUCAAAUCAUUAGCAGAUGUCUUCAUCUCCUUCCCUGGCCACAGAAGACUCUGUGACAUCAAAGAGGAGUUCUAUAGGAUUGCAGAUGGUCUGCAAUGCUGACUGUGUGAUCAGCAAUGUUGUGGCAAAAUGGCCUGGCUCAGUCCAUGACUCCAGAAUCUUUCGGGCCUCUGAAAUCUAUCAGUGCCUAUCACAAGGUGAAUUCUCUGGUGUGUUGCUGGGAGACAGGGGGUAUGGCUGCCAGCCUUUUCUCCUGACACCUUUCACAGACCCCCAGGAAGCACAGCAGGCCUACAACCAUGCCCAUGCCAGGACCAGGCCCAGAGUUGAAAUGACCUUUGGCCUCCUGAAGGCACGCUUUCACUGCCUUCACAAAUUAAGGGUCAGCCCUGUUAGGACAUGUGAUAUUACUGUGGCUUGUGCUGUCCUCCACAAUGUGGCCUGCCUGAGGAAGGAGAGGGCCCCCAGAGUGCCACCAGCCAUGGACUGGGACAAUCCGGCAAUCUUCCCUGAUGACGACAGUGGUCGGCUGCUGAGGGACCAAUAUGUGUUGAAUUAUUUUAGUUAGUAUGUGUGCUUUCAAUUUUGGUUAAAUAUGUCCUGCGGUGGCAGAGGAAUUUGGGUUUUUUUGGGUUAGUUUUUUUACGAAUUUGGCCUCUUAUGAUGUUUGUGCGGUAUACUGUGUGUAAUACAAGGCUGCAGGGAGGCUACUGCAUCCAUUCAUUUGUCUGUUCAGUUGAUGUGUAUGGAUUUGUCCUGCAUUUAUUUUAGUGUGCAGACAUGCAGGGUGUGUUAUAUACAGACCUUUGAAUGUGUAUGUAUCAUUUUGUAUAAUAUGCUUGGAUUCUGUGCUUUCCAUCUUGUAGAGUCACUGUGACUUCAGUUUCGAAAGGAGCUGAUGGUUUACCUGCUUUGUUUUGUCCUUAUUCAAUAAAGGAACAUAAUGUUACACAUUGUGUUUUUAUAUUCA